GGUCGGGUCGUGUACCUUUUGCCACAAAUGUUUUGCCAGUCAGGCUAAACUGACUGAGAUUUUGCUGCUCCGCAUGAGGCGCAAUUCUAUCGAAGAUACUGAAAGAUACUAGUGGAAAAAGUACUUGAGAGAUGAAUCUUUAAAGUUCAGCACUUUUCGAAAUUCGUAUUACUUCGUGUGUGUGCAACAGCGAGAGAAAAAAAUUCCAAAAGAAAAUCAUAAUAAAUAUUGGAAAAACCACCAAGUGUCAACUGAGUGAAGCGUGAAAAAUGUUCCAAGAAUAUAAUCACAGAAAUUUGAAAUAAAUUUCCUACAAAAUAUUUGUAUCUGAAACGAGUCGCAGCCGCAAGGAAAUUAAACGAAAAUUCAAAUAAAAGAUCAAUUCAAAGAGAGAUUUCAAUCCGAGUCGAUCGUCGUGCGAGAGAGUGCGUGCAAAGUGUAUUCCAGCAAUUAUCCCACGUGUUCCGAUCCGGCCGCCAAAAUUAUUACGCACAAUUCCCUGAGCGUGUACGGUGGCGGCGUCAUGUGCGCCUCCCCGUCCACGGCUCCCGGUUUCUUCAACCCGCGGCCCCAGUCCGGCGCCGAACUCUCGGCCUUCGAUCUGGGACUCUCCCGGUCGAUGGGACUGGGCGUGCCGCCACAUACGCCCUGGCACGACCCCAAUCUGGGCAGCCACCUCCAUGCCACAUCGGCGGGUCCGGGCGGUUCGCUGGCCGGCACCACAGGCACCAGCACCGGCGGCGGUGGCACCACACCAAGCAGUGUCGCCAGCCAACAGUCGGCGGUGAUCAAGCAGGAUCUGUCCGGCCUGUCCGCAUCCACGGCGAACCACAACCAAAGCUCCCAUCACGGCAUCAAGGAGGAUCUCUCCAGCCUGCCCAGCGCCAACGGAGGCUCCUCGUCGGGCCAUCAUUCGAGCGGCGUGCAGUCGGGCCAUGGCCCGGACAUGCUGCCCAUCAUCAAGGGCCAGCCCGCCAGCUGUGGAGGAGGAGGUGGAAGUGGGGGAGGAGGCGGCAGCACUACACCCAGCUCCCAGGCCAACAGCUCGCACUCGCAGAGCAGCAACAGUGGCUCCCAGAUCGACUCCAAGCAGAACAUCGAGUGCGUUGUCUGCGGCGACAAGAGCUCCGGCAAGCACUAUGGACAAUUUACCUGUGAAGGCUGCAAAUCAUUCUUCAAACGCUCUGUGCGACGCAAUCUCACCUACUCGUGUCGCGGCAGUCGAAACUGUCCUAUAGAUCAACAUCAUCGCAAUCAAUGUCAAUAUUGCCGAUUGAAAAAGUGUCUCAAAAUGGGCAUGAGACGCGAAGCUGUUCAACGGGGACGCGUACCACCCACACAGCCUGGUCUCGCUGGCAUGCAUGGCCAGUACCAGAUCGCCAAUGGGGAUCCCAUGGGCAUUGCCGGCUUCAAUGGUCACUCGUACCUCAGUUCCUACAUCUCGCUGCUGCUGCGAGCGGAGCCAUAUCCCACGUCCCGCUACGGCCAGUGUAUGCAGCCCAACAACAUUAUGGGAAUCGACAACAUCUGCGAGCUGGCUGCGAGGCUGCUCUUCUCCGCCGUCGAGUGGGCCAAGAACAUACCCUUCUUCCCCGAGCUGCAGGUCACCGACCAGGUGGCAUUGCUCCGCCUCGUCUGGUCGGAGCUGUUUGUGCUGAAUGCCAGCCAGUGCUCGAUGCCUCUGCAUGUGGCACCACUGCUGGCGGCGGCGGGUCUGCACGCCUCUCCCAUGGCAGCGGAUCGGGUGGUGGCCUUCAUGGACCACAUACGCAUCUUUCAGGAGCAGGUGGAGAAGCUGAAGGCGCUGCAUGUGGACUCCGCCGAGUACUCCUGCCUCAAGGCGAUCGUUCUCUUCACCACCGGUAAGUUGCUGGACAUCCUCUACAAGGAUGUGCCCGCACUGCUAACGAAAGUUUCAGCACUGCUCGGAAAGUCGUCCGGCUCCACCAACGACGAUAUCCUCAAUGUGGUGCGUGACCAUCUCGAUGAGCUGAAUCGCCAGGAGAUGGAGUCGCAGGCUCCCACCCAGGCGCCCAUCCAUUUGGCGGCUUUCAUGAAGAGUGUGGCCGGCGUUGAGGCUGCAGUGCAGCAGGCGGAGCAGCACCAACAGCAGCACAAACCCUCUCCCAUCUGCUCCUCUGCGGCUGUGGUGCCCUCCGCCGGCAGUGCCUUCAGCAGCUGCGCCAAGUCCACUGCCAGUGGCUCCGAGAUGGAUCUCCUGGCCAGUCUCUAUGCCCAGGCGCAGGGUGCGUCCUCGAGUGGGGACUCUUCCGGCCACAAUAACAGCAGCGGUCUGGGCGCCUCGCUUCCUACUCAAUCGCAAAGCGGUUCGUCCUCCCUCAACAUAACCGCCUCGCCGCUGAGUACUUCGCUGGCCCCCGUCCCUGCCCCAGUUGCAGCCACCGUCUCCGUAUCCGCACCUUCCUCUCUUUCAAUCCCCUCUUCGGUGGCUGUCACCACCUCGUCAGCCUCUUCGCUGGGUGGAGCCUAUCAGACGUCGUCCGCUGCUGCGGCGGCUGCUGCCAUGUUCCACUAUCAGACGCCGCCGCGUGCUCCCUUCGGAUCGGCCUUCGAUAUGUUCCAUCACAGCACGCCCUUCGGGGUAGGGGUGGGGGGUAUGGCCCACGGCCAUGGCAGCGGAUCCUUUGGCAGUCCCACCUAUAGAUAUUCCCCCUAUAGCCUGGCGGGCAGUAGAUGGCAGUUGUAGGCCGUUAGUUGUCGCUAGAAUCUCAUCCCGCCUCAGUCGCAUAGCUCUACCUGUAAAUGUAUCUGUAUCUAUGUCUAUAGCUAGUAUAGCACAUACGUGUAUCUAAAGUUACUUUAGUCGCUAUCUAAGUAUUUAUUGCCUUACACUAAGUCUAAAUUAUUAUAGCCGUAAUCCCUAGCCUAUAAUCGUUAUUGCCAAAAACUACGCAUACUCGUACAAAGAAUCGAUGAAAGUUUGGAGUACAAAUGAAGAAAGAAAAUCCUCAGAAUAUAUAUAAAGCUGUUGCUGUUAAACCAAAAAAUCUAAUCCUGGCUU